AUGAUAUAACUAAAUACCUUUGUAUAUUUAAUAUUAGGCUUAAUCCCUCUAAUAUACAUAGCAAAUCAAUAUUUAAUUAAAUUCAACUAGCCAUUUUACAAACUAUAAGCCCGAUACAAAAUAAUCGAUCUUCCCUGCGGCAAAACAGAAAUCCUAAAAAUAAAAAAAGAAAACGAAGAAUACACUCCCAAUAAUACCCCAUCUAUCAAAAAUAUAUCAAAAAAAGAUGUGAAAAUAGUCUUUUUUACCGGUCAUAGGGGCUACAUAAAAUUCUACGACAAAUUUCUACACAAACUCUAUAAUUUAUUAGGAUAAAAAUACACCAUAUGCGGAAUUGGAUAAUUAGGUUAAUUUAAUUAUAAAAAUAAGCCUCUUCACAACAAAUACACAAUAUAAGAUUAAAUCGAAUAAAAAAAAUAGUUUUUAGAACAUUUAAUAAAAAAAAAGCCUAAUGUAUAGUUUAUUAUAGUAACACAUUCUAUAGGAUCUUAUAUCGCAUUAAAUAUUUUAGACAAAAUUCCCCCAAUACAUAUUUUAUAUGUUUUUAAUUUAUUUCCAGUAAUAGAACGUAUUGGACAGACUCCUUAUGUAAAAUCGCAUUUAAAAAUGCCAUUUUUUCCUUUUAUUUAUAUUAUGAGUUUUUUUUUUGCUAUAUAUUCAUUUUUCCCUUAAAAAUUAAAAAGAUUUAUCGGAAAUUUAUAUGUGUCUCUUUCCCUUGGAGAUAUUAAAGAAAAGUACAAUGAUCUAGUUGAAAUCGGAACCGAAUAUUUUAAUUAUAGAAAUUUUUAUUCUAUGCUAUAUAUGAUAGCAUCAGAAUAUGAUACUAUUAAUGAAAGAUAGUAUGAACUUAUGUCUAAGUAUGCGGAUAAAACUAUGUAUUAUUAUGGAGUAGAUGACGAUUGGUGUCCGUAGUAUUACUAUUUUGAUUUAAAAAAUGAAAUGCCCCACAUUAAUGCACAACUUGAUGAGAAAGGAAUACUUCACGCUUUUGUAAUUGGGGCUUCACAAACUCAGGCUUAGUUACUUACUUAAUGGAUAAAAAGAGAGUUAAAUUUGUGA